AUGUCUGCAAAGCACAUUUCAAAACCAUGGGUCUACAUCGUCCUCGUGAUCCUGACCGACCGCGUAGCAGCCGCAUAUUCCAAAACCUACGAAGCCUUCUUCCCGUUCAACGGCGAACUCAUCCCGAAGAUUCUGACGGGGACAUGUCGUGGGGAUGAUUGCGUCGCGGGCGUGGAUUGCUCGGCGCAAUGGGCGGCCUUCCGGGCGACGACGACGCAUUCCGAUGCGGAGGAAUCCUGCAAAGUCGUAUUCGAUUGCAUCGCGACCGGCCUCUUGCCGCGCUACACAUCCAAUUUCCAGAGCGCACAGGUCUUCCUGGGUCUGGUCCCGACGCUGCUCUCGCUGAUCGCACCAUCGAUCGGCGAGAUCGCGCUUCUCUCCACGAAGCGGAAACUCCUCACAUUCAUACUCGCAUUCACAAAUCCCGUCAUCUACAUCCCGCGGAUGCUCGCCUACACCGACCCGCUCAAAUCCCUCGAGCGGACGGAACCCCUCGCAGCAGUUCCCAGCAUACUGCUCGGUCUGGACGGCUGGACAGCGACGAUAGCUUCAAUGCUGCAGUUCCUCCUGGCGAUUGCGGCGGCGGCGAAUGUGUUGGAGCAGAUCGUCGCGAUGGGAUACCGGUCGGUGAUAAUUUGGGCGUGCUCGGAUAGCUGGCUGCCGCUGGCGUGGGGGACUUUCCCGCUCUUCAUCCACAUCUGCAGUGUCGCGGGCUGGCAUAUGACGCAUGCAAUGCAGGGCGUCCGGGAGGCGCGAAGACGUCGACAGCAGCAGCGGAACAGCGGUGGUGCGCUGGUGGGUUUCUUUCGCGAACAGAUUCGACUCUCGUCGCAGGGUGUUCGGCUGGGACUUGUGGAUCACGCGCGCAAUCUCGACAAGGAUCGGUUCGAGACUUAUGCGGAGAAUUCCGGGGCGGUCGCUUUGCAUCAGGUUGCGGCGUUUGCGGUUUUUCUCAAUCUGAUAUUUGGCACAUUUGUUCUUUCGUCGCUCAGCUUUGUGAAUACGCGGAGUGCGAUUUAUAUUGUUCUGCGGUUUCUGACAUCGGCGCUGGUCUGUCGCUUUUUGGUGACUUGGGAGCUCGAGGGCUUGAGGGUUGCCGAGCAGCUGCCGAGAAGCAAGGAGCGUCAGAAAGAAGACGAAGUCGAGAUGCACUUAGUCCCGUAUCGCACAUGA